ACAUCUGUCUCCAGCUAGGUAUAUAAGUUUCCUUGGUUAUCAUCCACUUAGGAAACAUUCAAACCACUCUGAAUGGAAGCCAACAAGAGUAAUGAAGACUGAUAUCUGAGCUGAAGUUGGAGGAUACCCUCAAACAUCCCUGGCAGCCUGAUCUGCUUCUUUUGGAUUCAAUGUUAUUUUGAUUGAUGGCGGAAUUAAAAACUCAAGUUAUUUUUAAAAGAGGAAAACAGCCUUCUCUGUUAGUAUGAUAAAUACAGAUGCAGAACCAAAAGUCAAUAUUCCAAAGGCGGCAGCAUCUCAGAACAAGAAAAAGGACCUGGGGACAUCUAAUUCAACACACUUAUUUUACAGAAUCAUCUCCAAAAUGACAAAUAAUCAAACUGAGUGUCGACACUGCAUGAAAUUACUUUAUGGAAAGAAGUAUACACUAAAGGACAAUGAUGCUUACUGCAUCCCGUGUUAUGAUCAGCUCUUUUCUAACACCUGUGAAGCAUGCAAGCAGACCAUAGGGUGUGAUUCAAAGGAUCUUUCCUACAAAGACCGACAUUGGCAUGAAGAGUGCUUCAACUGUGCCAAGUGUAAUAACUCUUUGGUGGAAAAACCUUUUGCUGCCAAGGAUGAAACCUUGCUGUGUACUGAGUGUUAUUCUAAUGAGUAUUCCUCCAAGUGCUUCCAAUGUAAGAAGAACAUUUUGCCUGGCUCCCGUAAAAUGGAAUUCAAGGGAAAUGUAUGGCAUGAAACUUGUUUCGUUUGUCAGUCUUGCCAAAAACCUAUAGGAACAGACCCUUUAAUCUCCAGAGAGAGUAAAAACUACUGUGUGCCCUGUUUUGAGAAGCAGUUUGCUCCACGCUGCAGUGGUUGCCAGAAGGUGAUAACUACUGGAGGAAUGACUUACCGUGAUGAGCCCUGGCACAAGGAAUGCUUUCUGUGUACUGGAUGCAAUAAACAGCUAUUUGGAGAAAGUUUCGUUUCCAAAGAUGAUCAUCCAUAUUGCCAAGAUUGCUUUGCCAGCCUCUAUGCCCAGAGAUGUGAAGGCUGCACCAAACCCAUUACUGAAACCUCUGAGCUCUCGGAAGCCCCCAGUACAUCUCAUUCCAGGAACGACAAUGGCACAGCGACUGCUUCAAAUGUGGAAAAUGCAAUGCCUCGUUAGUGGGCCAAGGCUUCCUGACUCAUCAGGAAGCCAUUCUCUGCAGGGAAUGUGGUUCCAACACAGAAUCUGAGAUCUGAGUGGCGCAACUUACCUUUCACUUGUGUUUCUUGAGGGUUUCUCGUUCACUAAAUUUAGAACUCACUCAAAGUCAAA